UUCUACAACGGAUCAGUGUCGCGAAAAAUUUAACUCAUAAAUUCUAUAUUAAAAUGUGUAAACAAGAUUCGAGAUCAACUAUUUUUCUAAUAUUGUGUGGACUUUCUUAUAUCUUCGCUUCUGAUUUACCGCCUGAAAUUCAAAAAUGUAAAACUGGCGAUCACGCAUGUAUCACUCAAAGGAUAAACGAAGUAAUACGUUUGUAUCCUAAAGGGAAUCCCACGUUCGGUUUGGACGAUUUCUCAUUAAUAAAACUGAAUAAAAUUUCAGCGGCCAAGAAGUCAAGCAAUUCACCAGUGCAGUUAAAUUUUAUUCUUUCCAACUUGGAAUUAAGGGGCAUAGAGAAAUUAACAAUGUUUAGCAGCAAAGGUUUCGUCAAAGAUAUCAAAAAUAUUGAACUCGAUUUUAAUAUACCAUUGCUCAGAAUCAAUUCGCUCUAUGAACUUGACGGGAAACUACUGCUAUUACCCAUUAAAGGAAAAGGCAAUGUAGAGGUUAUAUUGCACGAUGCGCACUUUGUAGUUACAAUUAAUGUGGAAUUGGAAAAGCGUCAAGGCAAAAAUUACAUCAAAUUUAAGAAAUUGGUCGCUAAGGUGGAACCAAAAAGUACAACAUUUAAAUUUGAAAACUUAUUCGAUGGGAAUAAAGAAUUGACGGAUGCUACAAAUAAAGUGUUAACUGACAGUUGGCAAGAUGUGUGGAAUGAAUUGGGGAAAGAUUUCAACCAAGGAUUCGCAGAUGCCCUUUACCUUAUUUUAACGCCAGUAGCGGACUCCAUAUCAUAUGAUGAUUACUUUGCAGAUUAAAUUCCAUUUUCUAUCAUUUUACAGAGCUUUCUUUAGUUCUGCAAACGUUUAAAUUGGGCUUAUGGAGUAGUGUAUAUGUUAUAGUCAAAUAAAUAUAAAUAAAAUUUUGAAUCAAAGCUUCCUGCGAUGUAUACCUUAUUUUUUUACAGAGAUAACUUUUAUAGAGUAUAUGCACCAAACUCACUGAACAAUUCCUAUUUGGUUUAGGUGAAUGCUGCAGCACUCAUUUUCAUUACAUGAGACUAAUGAAUUGAAUUCUUAGACUAA